AUGAUGCGUACUUGGCGAUAUGCGCUGAGGCGUGGUGUGCGUACGCUGUCUAGCGCGAGUCGGCCUCCGGCAUGUGGACAGCCACUGCCUCAUACGCACCCACAUCUUUUUCCUAUUGACUUUCGCAUGGGCACGAACCCCGUUGAUGGCGGUGGUGUCGCGUUCGACCAUCUCACACCGGGCAUCCCAGCGACUGAGUAUGAGAAUCGGCGUCGCGCUCUGAUGGACCGCUUGCCACCUAAUUCGGUGGUCGUGCUGAUGGGCGGACGCAUAAAGUACAUGUCACGCAAUAUCUUUUACAAGUUCCGUCAAGAAUCCAACUUUUGGUACCUCACUGGUAUGCAAGAACCCGAUGCGGCCUUGGUGCUGGAGAAAACCGGGCACGGCGAGCGUGGGUAUAAAAUGACGAUGUUUGUCGAGCCGCGCCAGGCACAUAAAGAGGUGUGGGAUGGCCCCAGCUGUGGCAUGGACGGGGCCACCCGCAUUUUUGGCGCGGAUGAGGCGCUGCCAAACGAUCCUGCCAUAAUGCUUCAAUUCUUCAAAACGGCUGUCGCAAAUGCUGAUCAGCUCUAUGUGGAUUUGCCGGCUCAAGUGUCUACACCGCGCAUCAGCCAGAGAACGCCUCGAUUUAGUAUCCAUGAGUUUCUGGCGCCUUCGUCGCCUUCGGGCUACGAUCUGUUUGUUCGCAAAACCGAUUUUGACAACGUGGUCAAGCUCUUCAGCGACAGGCGAAAUACCCACUCUCUUCAGCGCGAAAUGGAUGUUCUUCGCAGUCGGAAAAGUAAAAACGAGCUGCAGGUGAUGCGACACGCCGGCGCCAUUAGCGGCCAGGCCAUGUCCAAAGUGAUGCGUGCGGUCCAUCCGGGCAUGCAAGAAGCUGAAGCCCAGGCGCUGUUCGAGUAUGAAUGCGCGCGCCGCGGUGCCGAGCGCCAGGCCUAUGUCCCUGUGUUUGCUUCUGGCCGACAUGGACUCAUGAUUCACUAUGUGCGCAACGAUGGCGUCAUGGGCGAGCAUGAUGUCAUGUCGGUGGAUGCAGGGUGCGAAUUUCGUGGCUAUGCGUCAGACAUUACACGAACGAUGCCGACGUCUAGCGACGGUCGAUUUACGUCAGCGCAGCGUGACCUGUACGAGGCGCUGCUGCGUACGCUCAAGGGCUGCACGGCGCUCGCCACAUCGAGGCAAGGUUAUACCCUAGCAGGCCUUCAUCGUCGCAGUGUCGAGAUGCUCAGCGCAGAGCUGCGUGACUUGGGCUUCCAUUUGAGCUUUGGAUCGCUCGAGCGUAUCCUCUAUCCGCAUUACAUCGGGCACUGGCUCGGCAUUGAUUUGCACGACACGAGCACAGUCGAGCGAGCUACACGACUUGAGGAAGGUAUGGUGCUUACUAUCGAACCGGGCUUGUACGUGCCUGAUGAUCCCAUGUACCCGGAGGCAUUCCGAGGCCUCGGUAUGCGAGUGGAAGACGACGUGGCCGUGGGGUAUGAUGACAAUAUCAUCCUUAGUGCAGAUGCACCAAAGGAAGUGGCAGACAUAGAAGCGGUAUGUGGAAACCGCAUAUAG